GAACAGAACUGUCGAGUUUCCGUUUCCUGUCCGUAUCGAAAUCGAUUUGUAUUGUGCUUCAAUCAGCUCUUGUUUACCGCUUACCUUCGGCUUCAUAGCAAGAGUGUUUCUACGUUGUGUCAAUUUCUACAAAAGCAGGGUACCUCGCAUCGCAUCGCUUCGAAUUUGGAAUUAUGGGCGACAGAUCGAGAGAUAGAACGGCUAGAGUGUACGUCGGAGGGCUUACUGAAUCCAUUAAAAAGGAGGAUCUGGAAGGUGAAUUUGAAAAAUAUGGGAAACUUAAUUCUGUUUGGGUAGCUUUUAACCCACCGGGUUUUGCUUUCAUCGAAUUUAACAGUCUUACUGACGCAGAAACUGCUUGUGACAAUUUGAACGGCACUGAAUUUUUGGGUGCUAAAUUGAGAGUGGAAAUAGCUAGAGGACGACCACGUCGUGGAGGUCCCAGAGGCGGUGGUGGAGGUUUCAGAGGAAGCCGAGGCGGUAGGAGAGGUUUCGAUAGUUAUGGAGGAGGUAGAAGAGACGGAGGUAGUCGAGGCGAUAGAUUUGGAGGAAGGAGUUAUGAUAGACGAAGAGAUUCAUUUUCGAGGAAUGGAUAUGGUAGCAGCGGCGGAGGAGGAGGCGGUUCCAGAGGAGGUAGAGGAGGCGGGAGAUUUAAUAGCGAUAGAUUCAGAUCCAGGUCACCCAAUUCUGGACCACCAAGGCGUAGGGAUUAGGAUUUUAGUUUGUAAUAUGUAGGUAUUGUAGAAAUGUAAGUUCAUUAGUAAUCUCUUCUUUUUAUCAUGAAAUUUUCAUAGUUUCUUUAUCAUAAAGUUUUUCUUUAGGUACUUAAAUCUGAAAUUAACAGGGAAUCCAACUGAUAAUAAAAUACUUUUAAAUUUAGAACUCAAUAAACAAAAUUAUGAUUUGUGAUGUUUUUAUUAGACUAACAUGAAUUUUUAAAAUCACCAUGGGGGGGAUUUAAGAUUUUAUUAGGAAAAUAAUCAAUUUUUUAGUAACGUUAUGGUUCCUAAACAGUUUUUUUAAAUAGAAAUUCUUAUUAAAGAGCAAAAUAUUUAUUUUUGUGUUGAGAUUAUCAUAAUUUUGAUAAAUAUUAGGUCAUAAAAAAUCGAAAAAUUGAUAAUCAUUUUAUGUUAAUUUCAUUUAUUUUUUUGUUGUCGCCUUUAAAUUAAACAUGAGUUUGAAAACCAAAUUAAAACUUGAGGUUGUGGACUGUCGAUUUAUAGUGAUUUGCUAGUGGAUGGGAGCGUCCCUCUUAGGUUGAGGAGCUUCAUUUAUUUUUUUAAUUAGAAGAUAAAGUUUUAGGUUAUGUAGACUGUAAAUAAUAAAUUAUAUAACCUAACAUUGAGUGGCAUUGGAUCUUAUUGGUCAAAAAAGUUUAUUUUCCAAUUUUUUCAUUUUCCUACAUUUCAAAAUGAAAAAAUACUAAUUUUUCGAUUUUUUAUGACCCAGUUUCCAAAUAAAAACACUAAAUUCACAAACUUAUAAUGAAAAUAAAUAUUUUGCAACCUGAUUUCUAAAAAUACUGAAAAUUUGAAAAUAAAUUUCAUGUUUUUCAUAUUCGACUUUUAUCUGUUGAUCUGUCACUAAUGGACUGCGUUAGUUUUAAGUUUAUUAUAAGUUCAUUGAAAUUCAUGCAAUAAAAAAUUAUUUUUGAGUUGUAAAAUACAUAAAUCAUAGACUUUUUUGUUUUUAAGUUUUUACGAUGUAUGCCACAAUUAACUUAAUAUUUAAGACAUUUCUUUGCAUUGUGGUAUAAACAUUUGGAUAUUGAUUUGUAUAUUUUAUACGUAUCGUCUUGUUGUUUCUGACAAGAGGAAUAAUACUUAAUGUACCUACAAUAAAAUUGUAAAAAGCC